AUUGAUUGCUGACUAUAUUGUUUAUGCAUACAAUGUUCAUGUAAACAUUGAACUGAACGGUUUUAUAAGAUUUCUAACGUAACUACCGUAGGCUAUACCAAUAAUGGUAUCCCCAGGCACUCUGACAGAAAUUAAUUGGGUCCCCGUUCAAAAUGUUUGUCUGGCACUGUUGCAAGAAAUAAUUUGGAAAAUUACAUUGCAUUCCCUUGGUCAAAAUGUUUAUUAUACUUAUUUGAAAAAAAUCUGCUGCUUUAAAUGAGCAAAUGGAUGCUAAUGCACUCGUCCUUAUAAGCCAACAUGUUAACCAAUUUGUCAUUUUCUUUUGCGUAUGGGAUUGAUGCUGACCGCAUACAUUUUUGUAUUGGAAGAUUAAUAAGACCAUGCUGAUGAGAAUACUCUAUAAAGUAUGUCGUAAGAAUGGUGUGAUACAUUGCGGCACGCGGCACACGGCAUUGAGUUCCACCGGGUGAUUCACCGUCUGCGCGUCUCCAUCACUAUACGCUCUUUGCAUUUGCCUCGUUUUCGCCCGCCUCCCUGAGCGCGUACAACCCUGGAAGCUGCUGGAUAUGCGCAUGGCCGCCAAUCUGUGUCGUUUAUGGGUCACAGCAUCCUUUUAGGAAGCCUACACCGGAGGAUACAAUCGGACAACGCAAUAGCGUAGCCCACCUUACCGGUGUUCGACUAACAUUUUACCAGGUAGACUUUCAAGGAAUAAUUCUAAUUUUCUUUAUUUAAUCAAACGUUGUAAUCGCCAACUGGGUGAUUUUUCUGCAUUGAAACACAUACAGUAUGGCCAGUAUUUGUCUAUGAAAUGAUACGUGUGGUGUGCGGUCCUGCGCCUCAUCGGAUACCUGACUGAUUUUACAGGGCGUGGUGUUCAUAAAUGGUCUAUUACCUACAGAAAUUGUCUAUUUUAUUGAAAGUCUGCCCUUGGGCCCACCCAUGUAGAGCAGAGCUCCAAGGUGCUUUGUAAUUUCACCAAGCUGACUACCACAGUGUAGGUUCAAGACCAAGCUAACCAUCAUAGUCCAGGUUUAAGUCUUGACUUGGCUAACUGAUGACUGGCUGUGAAGCCCCAUUGACCCGGGAUGAUAUUAGCUAGCUAAUGUCGUCACAAGGGGGAGUGUACCCUCACUCGUAUGACCCACACAAUGUUUUUGUUGGAGCAGUGUGAGAAAGAAGAACGGAACGAGGGCUAUGAGGAAGGCAUGCCAGUCAUCAACACUCCCAUAACUGUUGUGAAGUUAAUGCAAUGACACUAGGCUGGUUGACUAUUGGAUAUGAGAAAAUUUGGGGCAAAAAAGGGUACAACAAACAAAGUUGAUCAUUCCAUACGCAUUUCCCAACCCUUGGUGCCUGUUUAACUAUUUUGAAAAGCCUUCUUCCUUCCAUAAUAAAUUAUAUGACAUGAAUAGAUGUCAUGUAAAGACUGUACAAAGAACCAUAAAAAAUGUACGUAUGGCCUAGUAGAACUAGUACUUUCUUAUCACCUUUUGUGGGAUCAGUGCUUAGCCCAUUGGCCUACUCCAAUUUAAAAAGGAAGAAAAGGAGUCAUGUUUUAGUGUUUAAACAGUGUCCUGGGUUUGUGUAUUACUGGACUAGAAUCUUACAUCUUUUUAUUCCGAGGCUAGACACAGCAGGUGAGAGAGUUCAGGUGGUGUUCCGGAGAGACGUGUCAGUGAGACGCUACCAUCAACAAUGUCCCGGACAGCAAUCAAGAUUGUCUCCUAAGUGGACCUUUACACUAGUAAUUAUCCAAAACAUAUUUUUUUUUAUAAAAGCACAGUCAUUUUGCGUAAAACCAAAGCCAUGACUCACUUGCAAGCUGGCCUGAGCUCUGAGACCACAGAGAAAGCUCGCCUUGAGCUCAACGAGAACCCUGACACUCUCCACGCGGACAUCCAGCAAGUGCGAGACAUGAUCGUGACACGGCCAGAUGUGGGUUUCCUGCGCACGGACGACGACUUCAUCCUGAGAUUCCUACGGGCACGCAAGUUCAACCAGGCAGAAACCUUCCGGCUCCUAGCCCAGUACUUUCAGUUCCGGCAGCAGAAUCUGGAUAUGUUCCAGAGCUUCAAAGUGGACGACCCGGGCAUCAAGCGGGCUCUGAUGGACGGCUUCCCGGGUGUCCUAGAAACACCAGAUCAGCAUGGCCGGAAGAUACUCAUCCUUUUCGCCUCCAACUGGGACCAGGGAAGGAACUCUUUCACAGACAUUCUCCGGGCCAUCCUUCUCUCCCUGGAGGUCCUCAUAGAGAACCCAGAACUCCAAAUCAAUGGUUUUAUCUUAAUAAUCGACUGGAGUAACUUCUCCUUUAAGCAGGCAUCCAAGCUUACACCCAACAUCCUCAAACUAGCCAUUGAAGGCCUGCAGGACAGCUUCCCGGCUCGCUUCGGUGGGAUCCAUUUUGUAAACCAGCCCUGGUACAUCCACGCCAUGUACACCAUCAUCAAGCCGUUUCUCAAGGACAAGACUAGGAAAAGGAUUUUCCUCCACGGGAACAACCUGAACAGUUUGCACCAGCUGAUCCUACCCGACUGUCUGCCGUCCGAGUUUGGCGGAACUCUGCCGCCCUACGACAUGGGCAUCUGGGCGAGGAGCCUCUUAGGGCCGGACUACAACGACGAGACGGAGUACACGCUCACCUACGACGCCCUCCACGUCAAGGAGAACUACGGCAGUGGAGACAAGGAAUGUGCCGAAAAACGGAUGAAAAGGUCCCAAUCAGCUGUGGAACCAGGUGCGCUACGGCAAGCUGGCAGGGACAACACCGCACAACCUCUGUUGGCUUUGGAAUGAUCUCUCCUGUUCGUCGAAACUGGAUCCAAACUACUCCCGCUUGGAAUCCAACCACACUGACUGCAACAACAAAAAAAACGGACUGAACUGUGAGGAAGUAAAAAAAAAAAUGAAAGAAAAAAAACAACAACACAUGCACUGUCCCAAAAUGGAGACAGUUACCAAUUGUCCACAUGGAGGUGCUCUGCUGAAAACAUCUCAUCUCUUGACACGGAGCAAGUGGCAAUUCCAGUUUCAGUUCAGGACUAUCGAAAGCUGUGCCAUCCCCCCUUCCCUAGCAAACCUAUCUGACACCAGCCACCAAAAUGAAUGCUGAUAGGAGUAGAAUGAAUAAACCAAUGUCUGUGUUACCAGUAGAAGGGACUGACUGAAGAUAAAUGUCAGAAAGCCCUGCUAACAGAAUGCCAAACUGUAUCUUACCGUUGUACGGGCUGUCGUUUAUACGAAAGUUAAUAUAUUAAGAUUGUAUAUUUAUCAGGGCUACUGCACUAUCAGUGACCUCCAUCGAACCGCAAUGUAUUUAUAUCAACUUGAAAAAGAAUGUAUAGAAAUAAUUUUAAGUUGUGUGGUAUGUGUUCAUUAUGUUUGUGUGCGUGCG